AUGGCACCCACCAUUCCCGAGAUGCAGUGGGCCCAAGUCGUUGAAAAGAAAGGCGGGCCCCCAGUCUACAAGCAGAUCCCCGUUCCCAAGCCUGGCCCAGAUGAAGUCCUUGUGAAGAUCCGCUACAGCGGUGUCUGCCACACUGACCUGCACGCAAUGAACGGUGACUGGCCCCUUCCCCUCAAGAUGCCCCUAGUAGGUGGCCACGAGGGUGCCGGUGUCGUGGUCGCCAAAGGUGAAAUGGCUCGCGGAAUCGAGAUCGGUGAUCAUGCAGGUAUCAAGUGGCUCAAUGGCUCAUGUCUGGCAUGCGAAUUUUGCCAGACUGGUGAUGAGCCCCUUUGUGCUGGUCAGCAACUUUCGGGUUACACGGUUGACGGCACUUUCCAGCAGUAUGCGAUUGGCAAGGCGGCUCAUGUCAGCAAUUUGCCCAAGGAAGUUCCUUUUGAUGCCGUGGCGCCUAUUCUGUGUGCUGGUAUCACUGUCUACAAGGGUCUCAAGGAGUCAGGUGCGCGUCCUGGUCAGACUGUUGCUAUUGUUGGCGCUGGUGGUGGACUUGGCUCCUUGGGUCUGCAGUAUGCCAAGGCUAUGGGGCUGCGCGUGAUUGCUAUUGACGGUGGCGAAGAGAAGCGUAGUAUGUGCGAGAGUCUCGGCGCAGAGACCUACGUCGAUUUCAUCAAGUCAAAGGAUCUCGUCGCUGAUGUGAAGGCUGCGACUCCCCAGGGGUUAGGCGCUCACGCUGUGAUUCUACUUGCUGCCUCCGAGAAGCCUUUCCAACAGGCUGUCGACUAUGCACGCCCCCGUGGUACGAUUGUCGCCAUCGGUCUACCCGCGAACGCCUUCCUCAAAGCUCCUGUCUUCGACAGCGUGGUUAAGAUGAUCAACAUCAAGGGAAGCUAUGUUGGCAACCGCCAGGAUGGUGUGGAAGCCGUCGACUUCUUUGCUCGUGGUCUGAUCAAGGCGCCCUUUAAGACUGUCCCGCUGGAGAAGCUGCCUGAGGUCUUUGAACUCAUGGAGCAAGGCAAGAUUGCUGGUCGCUAUGUGCUCGAGAUGCCCGAGUAA